GGGAUUCAGAUGAAGAAAACUGAGGACCAUUCUUGAAAUUUGUGGCGCAUAGCAAAUUGUCCAAUAGAUUCUUCACAUAUAUCUUCACAAAAUUCAAGUAUCCUUUAUCUGCCUGUUUAGUAUCUAUAAAAAAAUAAAUACGUGGCUAUCUUCUUCAUCUUUCUUUCUGUUCCAGUUCUUUUUGAACUGAACUCUGUCUUUCUUUAUUGCAUAUAUAUCUUCCUGUGCAGAUGUGACCAGGUCCCUGAUAAGGUGAGCAUAUCAUGGUUGGACAAUGUUAAGGCUUCAGAAUCCACAAGCCUUUAGCAGCUGCCAAUCAUUUCUGGAUACUAGUUUGCUGCAUGAAGCCAUUCCUUGCAAGACUAAAUAUGUCCUUCCUUUGAUUAGUAGUCGUAGUUCUGCUAGCCUUGUGUGUUAUCCUGCUAAAGGAGGCAGCAGUUGUUCUUUCUCUUGGAACUGGCUUAGUCAACUGAAAACUUAUAAACUCUCUCAGCAUGCCGCUUCAUAUAGAUUGCUGUGCCUGUCACAAGAUGCCACUUCACCUGAAAAUGAGUAUCGCUCCUCGCGAAAUAUAGCUAUCAGCCUGUUCAAGAGAUACAAGAAGUUUCUUGAGCGUGGAGGAGGUGACAACCUAAAAGAGUUCAUCAGUGCUGGUGUAAAUGCAUAUGCUUUGGGAUCUACUGAUGAAGGAUUGAGGAAAGAACUGAUUGCUCUGAAGGAAUCUGGUGCUGAAAUUGGAGCCAUGGAAACAUAUGGAGGAAGUACCACCCUGAAGUCCAAGAUCUCAUCUGAGGAGGUUGAUGAGUGUAUUAUGUGGUUGAGCAUUAUAUUCAUCACCAUUCUAUGUACACCUCAACCAACUAUAGUUCGAUGGUCAUCCACACCCUCAGUUUCUGAUGAAAUGAUAGUCCAGUGGAAAGGCUUCUGUGCAAUUAUCGCAAACGCAUACUUUGUGAGAGGAAUGGCAUGGCUUCCAGUGAAGACUCUCCAACUAGAGCAGAUGGCAGUUGCAGGUCAUGCUGAAGAGCCAUCACUUGUUGCUAGCCGGAUGAGACUAGUUUUUACAACUCUAGAGGUUGUGAGUCCACAAUGGCCUAGAGGAUAAAGCAGUAGAUCCAGAAUUCGGACUUCACCAAUAUGAAACAUAGUUCAGCAAGAUAUAUAUGUACAUUUCUUUCCUUUGUCCAUGCUCUGUUAACAUGACUAUUCUGCUAUAUUAUUGUUUGUUUGACAUGCAAAUACUUCAGAGGCUGCUCACUGUCAACUCUUGCUUGAACA